CACACUGGGGGCGGUGAGGCGGCUUCCGGUCAGGUGACUCUCUAUACCCGGGUGAAAGGCGAGGUCUCCCGGUUUGAAUGUGCUAAUAACAGCAGCUUGUAUUAGCGUUGUGCGGGCUGAGGAAUGGAGAACAGAGUCGUCUGAGUUUUAAAUGUCUCUGUUCGUGAUAGCGAGUUAGUGGAGCUUGUUCGGCAACUGCAGAAUCAGUGAAGACCAGGUCAACCUGUCAGCAUGGAGUCAGAGCUGCUGAUUGGCUGGCAGCAGGAGAAGGCGGAGCUUAAACAGGAGGUGUGCCAUCUGCAAGAAGAGCUGUCGGAGAGUCGAGCAGAGAGAGAGGAGCUGGAGUCCAGGAGCAGAGCCCUGAAUGACAGGCUGUCCCAGUUAGUGUCUCCCUCGCUCGCCCUCUCUCUGCAAGUGGAGGCUGAGCAGAAGCAGUGGAAGAGGAGGGUGAGGGAGGGGAGGGAGAGGGAGGCCAGACAAGCGCUGCUCAUUCACCGACUGCAGAACAAGGUGUUGGAGUACAAAAGUCGAUGUCAGUGUUUGGAGCUUCAGCUGCAGGAUGGACUCAAACAACUGCUCAGUACCGAGCGGAGGAUCAGAGACGAACACAGCGACUCUCUGGAGAGCGCCCUCAUCAGGCUGGAGGAGGAACAACAGAGGUCGGUCAGUCUGGCUGAGACCAAUGCUCUCCUCUGUGAGCAGCUCAGCCAAUCAGAGCAGGCCAACCAGGCUCUCAGGGAGGACCUCCAGAAGCUGACAGCUGAUUGGACGAGAGCUAUGGAAGAGGUGGAGCAGAGAGAGUCUGAUUGGUUGAGAGAGAAGCAGUGUCAGUCCGGUCAUGUGGGGCAGCAGCAGGCUCGGUUGCUGUCAGUCUGGAGGUCUGUCGUUGCUCUAAGACAGCACUGCCACAGUGUGAAAACCGCCGCUGACAGGGACCUGUGGCAGCUGCGAGCCCAGUUUUCUCGUCUCUCCUCCUCCCUCCUCUCCAGCUGCGACUCUGUCUCCUCCUGCCUGCGGCUCGGUGCUCCUCAGCCCCUGCUCUCCUCCACUGUGCCUCCCGUUCAUCUUCCUUCUGACCUCCCUCCCCUCUCCCUGUCCCCUCCUCUCUCCUCCACACUCAUCCGUCCUCCGGACUCCUCACCCACUGAGCCUCCUCUCAUCUCCUCCUCCACCCUGGGAACCUUCUCCUUAGGAGAGCUGGAGCACAAAGAGGAGGAGCAGCUAAAGCUGCUCCAUGAGAAUGAGGUUUCCCAGCUGCAGGAACAGAUUGCAGAGCUCUCUUGCUCACUGCAGGCUGAGAAGAAUCAGAGGGAGCGAGAGGUGGAGAAACACAGAGAGACAGAGAGAAGCCUGCAAUCUGUCAGUCAGGCUGUGGUCAGACUGUCCAGAGUCCUGAGUAGCAGCAGCAGCAGUCGGCCUCUGUGUGUGUCCCCAGACGGUGUCCUCAGCCUGGACCUGACCUCUCUGCUGUCGGUCCUCUCUCACACUGAGAGUUCCCUCCAGUGGAGACACGAGGAACUGCAGGGGGCAGAGCUAUCCCUGCGGUCCCUUGGUGAGGAGAACACGGCUCUGCAGCUCCGAACGAAACAGCUGGAGGAUGACAGUCAGCAGCUGCAAGCACACACACAACACGCACAGCUCGAGCUCACACACACUCUGGACAUACUGAGCAGGGAGCGCGAGGCAGCGUCCUCACUGCGUCUGCAGGUGGAGGAGGUGCAGAGGAGGGAGGAGGAGGUGACAAGAGAGAACGACAGACUGCGGAGAGACAGAGACAGACAGGAGGAGAGAAACAGACAGCUGGAGACAGAAACACGCAGGCGACUAGAGACUGAGCUGUUGGAGAACGUGCAGCUGACAGAGAGAGAAACUCUCCACCGCAUGGAGAUCCAGACUCUGAAGGGGGCGGUGGAGAGAGAGCAGCUAGACAAACAGAGAGCUGAAGAAGAGGCUGCUGAUGCCAGAGACGCCCUGCAGAAGGCGAGGGAGUGUGUGUUACGUCUCUCGUCAUCUGAGUGUGUGUUGAAGCGGGAGGUGGAGGAGGGACGGGAUGUUCUGGACAAGAUGGCCACCUUGAACUCAGCACUGGCCUCAGACAAGAGAGAGUUGAACAAACAGCUGCUGCAGGUGGAGUGUGAGCUGUCGGACAGCCAGUCACAGCUGCAGGCUCUGAGGUCAGAGGUCAGCUCUCUGCAGAGAGAGGUCAAAACCCUCAACAUGGACUGCAAACAACUCAGAGGUCAGAGGGAGGUGGAAGCUGGUGUCAUUCAGCAGCUAAGAAACAGAGAGACAGAGAUGGAGAGAAUAAUGGAGGAGAAGGAGAGAGAGUUGGUCUGCCUGAUGGAGGAGAGAGAGAGGGAUGGGCGACAGCUGGAGGAGCUGUUCUCCCAGCAUGCCUCUCAGUGUGGGGAGCUGAAGGAGGUGCAGGAGCAGCUACUGCAGGCGGGCGAGGAGGUGAGGAAGAGAGACAGACUGCAAGAGGAGCAGCACAGAGAGAGCAGGAGGCUGCAGGAGGAGCGGGACAGUCUACAGAGAUGCAGGGAGCAGCUGGAGGGCGAGCUGCAGGAGCUCAGGUCUCUGUCAGUGUCUCUCCACCAGCAGCUCGGUCAGCAACAGAAGCAGCUCUCGCAGUCAGAGGUGGACAGAUGUCAGAUGCAAACGCACAUCUGCACUCUGCAGCAGGCCAAAGAAGCCUUACAUGGGGAGAUCGAGUGUCUGAGAGGAGAACUGGAGCGAGCAGUGACUAGGGAGCAAGAUGAGAAAGAAAGGAAAGAAGAGGAAAGGGAGGUGCUGCAGGAGGAGACAGAGAGGCUGAGGAAGGACGCAGAGGAGAUGAGGAGGAGGAGGAAGGAAGAUGACGAGGAGAGGAGGAAAGAGAGGGAAGCCUGGCAGAAAGAGAGGGAAGCCUGGCAGAAAGAGAGGGAAGCCUGGCAGAAAGACAGGGAGGCUUUGAGUGAAGAGCUGGGGAUGAGGGACGGAGAGGUGGAGGCGCUGAGGAGAAGGAUUGAGGGGCUGACAGAGGAGAAGGAGGAGAGGCAAAGAGAAGUAGAGAGACUGAGGAAGGAGGUAACUGAGAGGGAGGUGCAAAUCAGCCACAUGAUGGAGAGAAUAGAGCAGGUGGAGCAAGAGAAUGAGAGACUGGAGGAGGAGGUGAAGAGGACAAAGGACCGGCUGAGAGAGGAGGAGAUGCAGAAGGAUGGUGAGGUCAAGGCACUCUGUGGCCGGAUGGAGCGAUUGCAAAGAGAGAAGGAGGAGGAGGUAGAGAGGUUAAUGGGAAGGGUGGAAGAGGUAGAGAGGGAGCGAGAGCAGGAGAAGACAAAAAAAGACAGACUACAAGAUGAAAAGGAGGAUGCGGUGAGGGGACUGUUGGAGAGGCUGAAUGAGACAGUGGGGGAGGUGGAGCUCCUCAGGGUUAGGCUGAACGUGGCCAGAGAGGAGUGUGAGGAGAUGAAGGAGCAGGUAGUGCGGAGGGAGCAUAGCCUGGAGCAUCAGAUGAGCACUGUGAGGGAGCGAGAGGAGGAGGCAGAGAUGCUGGAAGAGGAGGCAGUGAGGGAAAACCAGGAGGCCAACGAGAAACUGAAGCUAAAGGAGGUGAGGGGGGAGCAGCUGGAGGUACUGCUGAGAGAAACCCAGGUGUUACUGGAGAAAGAGAGGAAGGAGGGACAAGAAAAAGAUGACAAGAUCUCCUCCCAGGCCCGGGAGCUGCAGGAGGCACGAGCUGAGAGCGAGAGAGCGAGAAGGAGAGUCAGAGAGAGGGAGGAGGCCUAUGACAGGCAAGAGGAAGAGGUGAAGGAGUGGCAGGAGAAGGCAGAGCGGAGUACCAUGGAGACGACAAAGCUCAAACAUAUCCUGAAGGAGCAACAGGAGGAGGUGCAGCAGCUGAGAGCCACCCUGGAGGAGAGGGAGGAAGAAGAGGGUAGAGUGAGGGAGGUGCUGAGGAGAAUGGAGGAAGACAGGAGAAAGAGGCUGGACACCAAGAUGACAGAACUGGAGGAGAAAGUGAGGGAGGUGGAGGAGCAGCGUGAGGAGGAGAGGGAAGCAGUGAGGAGAGCCAGGGAGGAGAAGAGGAGGGUGGAGGACAGAUGGGAAGAAAUGGAAAAUGAAGUGAAAGAACAAAGAGAGGAACUGAGGAGGGCAGAUGAGGAGAAGAGGAGGCUGAAGAGCAAACUGAAGGAGGUACAGGAGGGGAGAAAGGGAGAGGAGGAGGAGCUGAGGAGGGUGAGGGAGGAGAAGACAAGGCUGGAGGAUAAGAUAAUGGAGAAGGAGAAAGAAAUGGAGAGACAGAGGGAGGUGCUGAGGAGUAAAGAGGAGGAGAACAGGAGACUGGAGGGUGAACUAAGGAAGGCAAAAGAGGAGCGAGAGAGACUGAUGCAGGCUGAGAGAGACGAGCACCUCCUGGUGGAAAACACUGAGAGAGCCAAAGUGAGGGAGCUGGAGGAGGAGAAGGCAGGACUGUUGGUGGAGCUGAGGAGCAGAGAGAGGGAGGUGACAGCUUUCAGAGAGGAGGUGCAGAGAGAGAGGGAUAAGGCACAGGAUGAGCUGAGGAAGAGGAGAGAGGAGGCCACAAGGGAACAAAGGGAGAAGGAGGUGAUGCAGGAGAGGCUGAGGAAGACUGAGAAGGUGGUGAUAGUUCUAAGAGAGGAGAUGCAAAUGGAGAGGGAUAAGGCACAGGAGGAGCUGAGGAGGACUGUGAAGGAGGUGACGGUUCUCAGAGAGGAGAUGCAGAAGAAACAAAGGGAGAAGAAGGAGGUAGAAGAGGAGCUGAUGAAGAUGAAAGAGGUCGUGACAGCACUCAGAGAGGAGGAAGAACAAGAGAAGAGGUUGAGAGAGGAGGCCCAGCAGGACUGGAGCCAGAGAGAGGAGGAGCUGAGGAGGAGCAAGACAGAGGUGCCUGUACUUAGAGAGAAGCUACUAAAGGAGCAAGGGGAAAAGGAGACAUUGCAGGAGGAGCUAAUGAAGAGAACAGAAGAGGUGACAGCUCUCAGUGAGGAGGUGCAGAAGGACCGGAGGCAGAUGGAGGAGGCCAAGGAGGAGCUGAGAAGAACCAAGAAUGAGUUGAUGAUCAUCACAGAGGAGGCACAGAAGGAACAACAUGCAAAGGAGCACAUACAAGAAAAAUUAGCAAGUACAGAGAAGGAGGUGACUGAUCUCAGAGUGGAGAUGCAAAUGGAGAGGGAUAAGGCACAGGAGGAGCUGAGGAGGACUGUGAAGGAGGUGACGGUUCUCCGAGAGGAGAUGCAGAAGAAACAAAGGGAGAAGAAGGAGGUAGAAGAGGAGCUGAUGAAGAUGAAAGAGGUCGUGACAGCACUCAGAGAGGAGGAAGAACAAGAGAAGAGGUUGAGGGAGGAGGCCCAGCAGGACUGGAGCCAGAGAGAGGAGGAGCUGAGGAGGAGCAAGACAGAGGUGCCUGUACUUAGAGAGAAGCUACUAAAGGAGCAAGGGGAAAAGGAGACAUUGCAGGAGGAGCUAAUGAAGAGAACAGAAGAGGUGACAGCUCUCAGGGAGGAGGUGCAGAAGGACCGGAGGCAGAUGGAGGAGGCCAAGGAGGAGCUGAGAAGAACCAAGAAUGAGUUGAUGAUCAUCACAGAGGAGGCACAGAAGGAACAACAUGCAAAGGAGCACAUACAAGAAAAAUUAGCAAGUACAGAGAAGGAGGUGACUGAUCUCAGAGUGGAGGUGCAGAUGGAGAGGAGGAGCAGGCAAGAGGUGCAGGAGGAGCUGAAAGGAGUGCAGCAGAGCAUGGAGGGGAUGGCGGUGAACCUGAGGUCCCUACAGGCUCAGGUGUCUGGUCUGACUCAGAGCCGGGAGCAAGCGAGGGAGGCGGUGAAGGAGAAGGAGGAGGAAAAGCAGCAGAUGAAGGAGGGUCUGAGAGCUGCUCUGGAGGAGAUGACCAAGCUGAAACUGCUCUUGCAGGAGAGCCACACAGAGGGGGAGCGUCUGAAGAGCAUUCUGAAGGAGAAGAAGGAGGCAGAGAAGAUCAGAGAGGAGAACCUGCAGACCAUCAGGGAGGAGGUGCUACGAGAGAGGGAGGAGGUGAAGAAGGAGAGAGGAUUGGUGGAGGAACUCAGAGCCAGAGCCAAGGCCCUGGAGAGGAGGAGGAGGGAGAUGAUAGUGGAGCUGGAGGAGGUUCGACAGGUGAAGAAGGAGACAGAGGAGGAGAGGAGAGAGGCAGAGGAACAGUGGAGAAGCAGAGUGGAGGAGCAGCAGGAGGUGAAACUGAAAGCUCUGUCGACAGAAAUCCAGAUGCUCAAGAAGAGAGAGGAGGAGGCAGAGAAGGAGUGGAGGUCCAGGGUGGAGGAGAGAGAGAGGGAAGUGGAGAAGUGCCGGGCUGAGCUCAGCCGGGUCAGAGCCACGGUGACCCUGCUCGAGGAGCAGAAAACACAGAUCUCCUCAGUGGCUGCUGAGAGAGGGGGAGGGAGGGAGGAGGAGACGGACGGACAGAGGAGGAGUGAGAAAGACCAAGAAAUAGAGCACAGGAAGAAGGAAAGAGGAGAGCAGGAGGAGGAGGAGCAGCAGCAGAUCUCCUCUCUGCUGCAGGAGAAAGAGGAGAGCAGGAAACAGCUCAGACAGAGAGAGGCUGAGGUGUACGCUCUGACCCAGAGGACAGAGGAGCUGGAGAAAGACCGAGAUCGAGUCCGCCUGGCUCUGGAGCAAACAGAGGCAGCUAUGAUUGGCUACAGGGAGAGGGUCCACCAACAGGAGCAGAGCUUGGGGACAGAGUCCAACCUAGACCAGCAGGGUGCCGGGGACAGACUGGUGGUCCUGCAGCAACUCGUGGCUGAACUGGAGCUGGAACAGACACGACUGAACAAGAAAAACUCUCACCUGGAAAAUCAGAAAGAAAAACUGAAGAGGGAGAGAAACACGCUGCGAGACACACUGAGACAGGUACACACACACAGACAAGGCCAGGUGGAGGAGCGUUCAAGGUUCAGAAAGCAGGUGACUGACAGCAGCACAUCUCAGGAGCCUGCAGACACCACAGAAGAUGAACGGCUGAGGAGCAAAGUGCGAGAGCUGGAGGACCAGGUGAGUCAGCUCCAUCUCUCAUUAGCUGUGGAUCAGCAGCAGAGGGAGGAGUUUAUUCAGCAGUCCUCCAGAAAUAGCCAAUGGCUGCUCACUCUGAGACAUGACCUCAGUGAUUCGCUGGCUGCUGUCACGCGGCAUCCGAUCCCAUCCGUCUUGGAGUCAGAGACACAGCGAUUGGAUCGCAGUCUAAGGGAGGAGGAGCUCAGAAUGUCCCUCAGCCAAUCAUAACGCCUGAAAGAUAAAAACUUUUAAAUGAAGCUUCUGACCAAAAAUGUUAAACCAAAACAGGCUCAAAGACAUUCUACUUUGUACCGUUACCAUGGAAACGGCUUUGGAAACAAAUUUUUCUAUGCUUGUUUAAAGGAUGUUAAAGUUUUAGAGCCGUUUGCUGAUUGGCUGGUUGCACAUGAUGAGUGACAUUAACAUGUCAGAUAAUAGCCUCAUAGAGGCUGCGUUCAAGACCCACCAGGGCAAUCAGUACAACCAGCGAUGUCUACAACUGACCGAGUUAUUGAUCAUCAGAUGUGCUAAAGUUUGGGCAGUUCAGUGCAAGUUCUGUUAAUGUGUAGAAUCCAAAACUAGAAGGACCAGGAGGGGUCUGAAACCACCCAGACGACCUCCGCAUGGUUCUGACAUAUUCAGAGGCCUCCACAGUUACAUUGCUGGGCCUGUAGUCCGUGGUCGUGUCAGUCACUGUUUCUCCUUUACGUGAUUGGUGACUAGAUUCUUAAGUACAGAUACUUGAUCUUAAUAUUUCCUUUUCUGCCUUCCCGCCAAGUAGAAAUUUGGAGGUUCUCCUGAUGGCUGCUUUCACCCAAACCUGUUUCACUUGGUUUGUUUUGGUUGCUGUGAAAGCUUUCGUUCAAAAUGUGGUUCAGAAAAAAACAACCAGGUUGAGACCACUCACUCUUCCAGAAUCAGACCCUGUGUGGCCAAGAUGUUUAGGCCACUCUUUCAGCCAGUCUUAAUUUUGCUGUCCGGUUUCACAAAUAAAACACUGAGCAUUUUUAUCCUGUCUGACUGAUGAGUUAACAGAAGUACUGUCACUUUAACAAGCAACUACAGUAUGUGCUGAUAGUAUUUUACACUGGGAGUUGUUUCUAUUGUCAUAUUCUUCACAAAAUCGUCCAGAAAAAUGUCCUGUAACUACAGCUGCAGCUAUUGAAUAUUUUAGAAAUCAAGUAUUGUACCAAUUCAUCCAUCCAUUUAUCAAGUUGCCAUAUAAGAAACAAAUUUGCUUUAUCAAAGAACAAUAGUACAUAAACAAGAGGUAGGCUAGUACAACUAGCCUGGUUGUUUCCUUUUUAUAAAAGUUAUUUUGAAAUCA